AUGGCAGGAAAGGCUUAUUUAGUAAGCAUUGAUAAUGACGCAACCUUAUAUGUUAAUGCAAGCGGCAUGAUCACCGUAAACGAAUGUACUGGGUUACCCCCGAUGAUCAAUUCAGGAGGCUUGUGGCGGAGCUACAUUCGCUCUGGGACUGUACCCUUUACAUUGCCGAUGCUUCAGCUGCAGAUGGUUUUUAUUUUCACCAUCACCCAGGCUUCCCAUUAUGUUCUUAAGCAUUUUGGAGUCACCAAGUUUACCACACAACUUCUUGUCGGGAUAAUCUUCGGUCCGUCCCUCCUUGGACGUCUCAAAAUAUUCAGCAAUCUUCUAUUCACGAUUAAAAGUCAAGAAAUAAUUUCUGUGAUAUCUGUCUUUAGUUACGUACUCUUUUAUUUUGUGAGUGGGGUGAAAAUGGAUAUAGGAAUGAUAAAAAGAACUGGAAGAAAAGCUUUGUUUACCGGUGUUGCAUGCAUUCUUUCGCCUUUGCUAAUUGGCUUGUUAGCCCAAAUGAAACUUAGAAGAUUGUGGCUGAAGGAUGAAGAAGCAUAUAUACUUCCAUUUUUAACAGUAAUACAUUGUCUAACUCCAUUUCCAGUCCUUGCUUGCCUUCUUGAGGACCUCGGGAUCCUAAACUCUGAACUGGGUCGAUUAGGCCUAUCCACAGCAUUGGUAAGCGAUUUCUUAACCUUGGUGAUUAACACAAGUGUUGGCUUUGUUAGAAUUAAACAGGCGCAAGGUACUGUGCUCGCCUUUAUAAAAUUAGGAGCGGCCAUCAUGUAUGUUAUCGUCGUAGUAUUUGCAAUUCGACCAGCAAUGUUUUGGGUAGUCAGACAGACACCGGAAGGCAGGCCUGUUAAAGAUGCAUACAUUUAUACCAUCAUGCUAAUGGUCCUUGGCUUCGGGUAUCUUUCUCAUUUGUUUGGCCAGACUUUACUCUUUGGAGUUUUCAUUCUGGGUUUGGCAGUGCCAGAUGGGCCGCCUUUAGGAUCAACUAUUGUCAACAAGUUAAACUGCUUCAUUUCUUAUGUGUUUGUGCCAAUCCUCGUAACUACUUGUGGGAUGAGGACAGAUCUGAGUUUAAUCAAAUUCGAUAAUAGCUUGAUGACAGUCAAUGGAAUCCUCAUUGUUUUGACUUUUGUGGCCAAAAUGGUGGCUUGUUUGGGUCCUCUCUUGUACGCUAAAAUGCCUUUAAAUGAUGCUCUCGCACUCGCUCUAUUAUUGAGUUGCAAAGGUGUAAUCCAACUUUUUAGCUAUGCACUUCUCUACGAUACCCAGACCAUAACAGAACAGGUGUUCGCUUUGUCAUGUGUUAGCACCCUAGCGACUACAAUUUUCGUGCCAUUUUUGGUGAAGUUCCUGUACCAUCCUUCAAGGAAAUAUGCAGGUUACCAGAAAAGGGAUAUUAUGCAUUGCGUAGGCAACGCAGAGCUUCGAAUCCUGGUGUGCAUUCACAAGCCAGAUAACAUUCCUGCUGUGACCAAACUACUUAACAUCUCGUGCCCAUCUAGAGAAAAGCCCAUUGCUAUUUAUGUGCUUCACCUUAUCGAGUUAAUUGGUCGAGACUCUCCUAUUUUUAUUUCCCACCAAAUGCAGAAAAAGAAUGUGUCCAAUAAAAGUUUAUAUUCAGAAAAAGUCAUUCUCGCCUUCAAUCACUUUGAACAAGAAGAUAAUCGAGGUGCUGUAUUAGUAAACAUUUUCACAUCAAUCUCUCCACUCAAGUACAUGCACGAAGACAUAUGUAUGCUCGGAUUGGACAAACUCACAUCCCUUAUAGUACUACCAUUCCAUCGAAAAUGGUCGGUUGACGGUUCUAUUGAAUUAGAGGACAAUACCAUAAGGAACUUAAAUUGCAGUGUGCUUGAACUAGCCCCUUGCUCUGUUGGGAUCCUUGUUGACCGUGGUCAUUUAGGCAACUCAAUGGUUUCAUCAGAGUCAUCAUAUUCUGUUGCCAUGAUCUUCUUAGGAGGUAAUGAUGAUCGAGAGGCAUUAAGUUUUGCCAAGCGCAUGGCCAAUAACUCAAAAAUUAUCCUGACCGUGUUUCACUUUGCUGCGGCUUGCAAUGAAGGUGAUGCCCACUGGGACGAAUUGCUUGACAAUGAGAUACUUAUCAAUUGUAAACUUAACAAUGCGGGAUAUGAACAUUUGAUAUUUCUAGAGAAGAUGGUGAAAGAUGGGUCUCAUACGGCAUUGAUAGCUCGAUCUAUAGUGAACAAAUACGACCUUAUUAUUGUUGGUAGACGGCAUAAAGUAAAGUCUCCACAGACAUAUGGACUUGCAGAAUGGAAUGAAUUUCCAGAGUUGGGAACUAUGGGAGACUUGCUUGCUUCAUCAGAUCUUAACAGCAGAACUUCUGUUUUUGUGGUGCAACAACAACAAAAGAAUUGA